CGCCUCCCCCGCCCUACACGACCACGAUGAGCACAACGACAGUGACGACGACCAUACAGCGGCCCAUGCGCGGCUCCCGCGUCGCCUCCUUCUACCCCGUCAAGUCCCUUCCGUCCCUCGCCUCUCUCGAAUCCGCAUUCCAGAUCCAGGAGUACAUAUCCCUUCUCAUCCGACACGACGUACACGACGUCGACAGGAUCGUCGCUCUCCCCGAACGGCACAAUGCCGAUGAGAAGACGAUAAUAGACGCGGACGAGGCCAAAGGCGACGACAAGGAUGGCGACAGAAAGAGCGAGAUGGCCGUCGACCGCGCGUGCUGGAUAUACGAACAUCUCCGCCGGCUCGCACAGGACCUCACCCACCCGCUCAUUACCAUGCUCCAGCAGGAGUGCACCCGGGUGUCGUGCCGCGAGAUGAAGGCGGGCGAAUGGCUCUAUUUGUGCGUUGCCCACGGUAAUGACGGCGCUAUGGAGCAAUGUUGCGCGAUCGACUAUAUCCUCCAUACCCUCGACAGCGCGACGGCACUCCUCAACUCUCCGCGUGCGUUCCCAUCUCGUCUCUCUAUCCCGCAAACCUCGUACCGCCACUUCUCCUCCCUCGCGCGGCGCCUCGGCCGCAUCUUCGCGCACGCCUACUUCCACCAUCGCGAGGCCUUCGAGCAGGCCGAAGCCGAGUCCUCGCUCUACGCCCGCUUCCUCAAACUCACCUCUCAAUUCGACCUCGUCCCCGCCGAGUUCCUCGUCAUCCCCGAGCAUGCCGUCUCCCCCGACGCACACGGUAAGGACGGGGAAGGCGUCGAGCCGCCGAAGCUCGCGAGUGCGGCUGUGUCGCAUGAGGCGGGCGACCAUCAAACUUCAGAGGCGCAGGGCGGGGCGGAGGGGCGGGGAGAGCACCCCGCGAGCGUACUCGCGCCCAAGAGCCCCGCGUCAGGGUACGACAAGGUCGGGACGGACAGCCCGCGCCGGAUGGGGCGCAGUCGCACGGACACGAUGAUCUUCAGCGAGGGCUACGCGGUCGCGGAGGAGCUCGCCAAGGGCUCGGCGAGCCCCGCCUCCUCGGGUGGCAGCACGUUGCUCGACCAGUCGCCCUCUCAAACUCAAGCUCCUGCUGUGUCGCUGCCGCAUUCGCAUGCGAGUGCGGCAGGAACGAUAAGGGGGCAUCUUCCGCAGAUGGAGGACGGCUCGUGGCGCGAUGCGGGUGCGCCGGAGGAUAUCAGCGCGUUGGAUGUGCCUGGGGAUGCAGACGAGUAUGGCGACGAUAUGGAUGAUGACGAUGAUGAGGACGGAGAGGGCGAGGUUGAGGGUCAUGUUGACGAGGUCGAUGAGAUCGUCGAGGCCGCGGGCGCUGGAACGAGCUCCCCGCCGCUGGAGGAGCUGCCGGCGAUGACGCUCGCGGGUAUAGGUGCGGAGGCGGUGGCGGAGGCGGAGGCGAGUGCGGAUGCGGGCGCAGAGGCUGAGGAGAAGGCCGAGGAAGAAGAAGAAGCACCAUCAGCAGAACAUUCGACAGACUCGUCAGCUGCUGCGCCGGCAGACGCUGAGGAUGCCAGCGCCGAAGGACCUACAAUCAUCACCGAAGCGCCACUAGCCGAGAUAGAACCUGCUCCGGACGCGUCAGCCGCGCCGGAAACCGCACCGGCUGACGAGGCUCCAGCGCCGACUACUCCCCCCGCCAAAGACGAGCUGGAGGUCCCGAUGGAAGAAGGCGAUAUCGCGCCGAGUCCCGCGAAGGAAAAGGCGCAUACCGAGGCGCUCGACGAGGCAGCGGCGGGCGCACACGCUGCGGAUCAUCCGCCGGAGAGCGACAUUACGGACGAGGGGGUACAUGCGCAUGAUGAGUCGGAGGAGCGUAAGGGCGCGGGCGAUGCGGAAGCGGAGGAGAAGGAGAAGGAAAGCUGAGCUUGCCAGUGCUAAUGCGGUUUCGGCUUCGCAAGCGCAGGAUACGUUGCUUUCUUCAUUUGUUUUUUGAGCUCGAGCUCGAGCUUGGGCUUGCGUUUGACAGAUUUGUUACUGCUCGAUGCAGGCGUACAUAGGAAUUUAGUUAUUCA